AUGUCGGGUGGCGCAGCCUUCGUUUGGUCUAGUCCGACUCUGUUAAUGCUCAGAGAAGAUCCAAUAAAUGAAAAAAAUCCUCUGGGACGACCUAUCAGCGCAGAAGAAGCAUCUUGGGUUGAAUCACUGACGUCAAUGGGUGUACUUGCUGGUUGUUUAUUUCCAGGAUAUUUGGCUGGAAAAUGGGGGAGACGCGCAACUCUAUUAUCUAGCAUUGUACCAUAUCUUCUUGGCUGGUCAUUGGUUGGCGCAGGAAGAUGUAUAGAAGUUCUGUAUGCAGGGAGAUUUAUUUUAGGACUUGCAACUUCUAUCGCAUUCGCUGUAAUCCCGAUCUACUGUGGGGAAAUUGCUGAACCAUCAAUUCGAGGGAUACUUGGUGCACUAUUUCAAGUGUCUAUUACUCUUGGUGAACUAUGGGCAUUUUGUAUUGGUCCGUACGUUUCGUACGUAAGUUUAUGUAUCGCUUGUGCUGCACUGCCGAUCGCUUUUUUUAUUUCCUUCUACAUAAUGCCUGAAUCUCCAUAUUAUUUGGCGGCAAAAGAUCGCAAUGAGGAUGUUGUCAGAGUGCUGACAAGUCUACGCGGAAAGAGUGAGGAUGACGUUCAAAUUGAAGCGGACGAAAUCGAGGUUCUAAUUCAUACUAUUAAUUUCAAUGUUUAUAAUCUUAUGAAUCCAUUCUAUGUUUCAUUAGGUAGCGGUACGACUAAAUUGUUAAUCAGUGGCAUCGCUGUGGUUGUUGGUUACUUAGAAGUUAUAUUCGCAAGUGCUGGGAACACUGGUAUGAGUUCAGCGCUGGAAGCUAUCAUCGUGGGAGUAGUUCAGUUGUUGAGUUCGUGUAUCAAUCCGCUAGUUGUCGACCGAUUGGGACGUAGGGGAGCGCUCGGACUCUUCUUUUAUCUCAGAGAUGCAGCAAAAAGUGAUGUCAGUGGUAUUGGUUGGUUACCAUUAACAGCACUGAUUACAUACAUCGCAAGUUAUAGUGUUGGAUUGGGUCCUAUUCCUUGGACAAUUACGGGCGAGAUGUUUUCCCCGGAAAUAAAAUCCACGGCAUCAGGAAUAACUGUUUUUACAUGUUGUUUUAUGGCAAUGAUGAUGAGUAAAUAUUUCAUUAGUAUUGCAACGGCAUUUGGUCACUAUACCGCAUUUUGGUUCUUCGGAAGCUUUAGUCUUUUGAGUGUUUUUUUUACUGUCUUCAUUUUACCAGAAACAAAAGGAAAAUCACUGCAAGAAAUUCAAAACGAACUUGCCGGAAAAGCUCGAAAUAUUUAGAAGUAUCAAUAAAUUAUUGUAAAAUGAAAUUUAAAAUUGUUUUAAAUAAAUGAUCGUAUUUUUAUUUAUAAUUAACUAC